AUGAUGAAACGCAAGGCUGAGAAACAACAGGUCGCAGGCCCCGUCAGUGCGAUUGCAGCUCGCAAAGCUCGGCAGCAACAAGCACAGAAUGUGACGGCAACAAGAAUCGAAGUGGUGGUUCAACCGGUCGCAGAACCACCUUCUAAGCGGCCCCGACGAUCUCUCGAUGGCACUCAAGUAACAAAGGCAAAUGACACAGAGUCCAAUGGUCGCCAGACAAGGUCAUCCAAAAACCAAGAAGUCCCAGUCUCUUUAGACACCACAGGCCGGCCAAGGAAAGCAACUCGAGCCCAUCAGUCGCUGUCUCAGGACAGGAUCGCGAAAGUGGAGGUACAGGAGGAAGUCAAGGACGAAGACAAAGAUGAAAAUGAAGAAUUGGACGAAACCUCAGUCAAUGGCCCCGAGGAGAUGACUGAGAAUGAGGUCGCAUCUGUAGCUGGUGAUGCCGAUGGCUACGAAUCGCCUACGGAAACAGUUGAAAUGCAAAACUUCCCCUUGUCUAAGGCUAGACUGAACAAAAACAGCAUAGUUUAUGCGGAUGAGAACACUUUGUGUAUUCGCAUCAAAGAGAAAACGAACUUGGCUAUUAUCGGCCAAUAUGAUCUUUGGGUGAAACGAGGAGUUGUCAGUCUUAUGGGUGCCAAGUUACCUCCCUCUCCGCGGGUGUAUAGGGUCUAUGCUCCCUCGACCCACUCAUUGCCUAUUAUCAAGUGCGUCUCCGGUGUAGAAGGCGAGGCAGAGGUGCAGAUCAAAUCCUGCAAUACUGGUCUUUCCCGUCUUCGAGACGUGUCUCCGCUGUAUCAGAAGGUCUGGAAUGGACAGAACACCGCUGUGGAUAAGGCUACUUUGAAAGGUGCUCACAAGAAUUUGCGGCGGUCUUUUUCAGUGCUUUAUACAUCGGCAGAUGAUCCCUUGAAGCGACACCUGCGACCUCUCCAUCUUGAUAAGAAAUGGAGUGCGUCUAUGAAAGCGCUCUCCGAGCGACAGGGACGCCUUCGAGUCCUGAUAUGUGGUCCAAAAGCGUCUGGAAAGUCUACUUUCAGCCGAUAUCUGCUGAACCAUGUUCUCAGUCCUGCUCCUGAAACGGAAAAUGGUUUUACCAAUACCGAUGGAGUUGCUUUCCUCGACUUAGACCCGGGGCAGCCAGAGUUUGCCCCCAUGGGCCAGGUCUAUCUAGCACAUCUUCGGGCUCCAUUCUUUGGCCCUCCAUUCACCCACCCUUCACUCGACUCGCGGGAUGGUCAAAUAUUGCGAUCUCAUCAUAUCGGGGCAACCUCCCCGAAAGAAGAUUCCGACCAUUAUGCCCUGGCUACAAUGGAUCUCCUGGAUGAGUACCACACAUUAUUGGCACAAUAUCCCCAGUGCCCUUUGAUUGUCAACUACCCGGGCUGGAUCUUUGGGCAGGGCUUAGAGGUGGCCACAUGGCUAGUCAAAUGCCUCGGUCUGUCUGAUGUUGUUUAUAUGAGUGAGAAGGGUCCCCAGGAGGUUGUCGAACCUCUACGGUCUGCUGCAGAUGAAGCUCGGGUCCCGAUGACAAUUUUACCGUCCCAGCCGACUGACUUUGUGAGCCGAUCAAGCGCUCAAUUACGCUCAAUGCAGAUUCAGUCUUACUUCCAUUCAUCUCAUCCCACGGACAUCAGUAAUCCGCUUUGGUCGGAGAUGCCUCUGUCGCGCACAAGGCCAAUGACUGUGAAUUAUGCCGGACUGAGGCAGGGGAUUUUGGGCAUUAUGGCUAUGGGCUCACAGAUCAGCCCCAACAUGCUCCGUGAAGUUUUGGAAGGAGCUAUUGUCGGCUUGGUAGCGAUCGAAUCUCCAAGUGCUAUUAUGGGCGCCUUUUCUUCAGAUGGGGUGGCUGCCGCCAGUGCAGAGGAGAGUGGGUCUGCUGAUGACCAAAUGGACCUGGACUCGGAGAAGCAUCAAACUAAUGGCUCGACCUCCUUUUCCCCAACUGACAACAUUGUCAGGACACCUGAAGGUCUGCCAUAUCUAUUCACGGGAUCUGGAAGCUGCACUCCCCUGAACCCCAAGGCCUCCAACUGCCUGGGGCUUGCACUGAUCCGUUCUGUGGAUGUCGAUUCACAAAAAAUCGAGCUUUCCACCCCUGUUCCGCCUUCGCGUGUUCGCGAUGUCAUCGAGCAAGGACAUAGCCUCGUGUUGGUUCGCGGCCAAUUGGAUAGCCCUAACUGGGCUGUUAGCGAGGAAUACCACGCUGCUCGAGCUGCAGAGCGACGCUACCAGCAGGUUGUCACCCGUGCUAAAAAGGGUGGAGAAUCUGCUGCUGACCAAGCCCAACACACUGAAACACUUGCCCUCCUUCGAGACAGGAUUCGGCGUGCAAGCAAUGUACCCUGGAUGAAGGUUGUGGAAGAUAAUAGUCGGCAUCAGCGGGAGGUAACUGCGCGACGGGAGAAAUCUCUCUGGAAGCUUAGGAAAAAGGCCUAUCCAGGAAGUGAGAGUGAGGCUGAUUAUUAA